AUGGAAACGAUUGACGCUGGUUGCCGACUGUGUCUGGAUCCAGUGGCCGAAAAAUUUUGUUCGCUGAAUAAUCCAGAGUUCAAGGAAAAGUUAGACAUGGUUUUUAAUUUUCCCGUGAGUUCCAAAUCAAGUCUUACCUCCGGCUUUUCGGUUCGGUUGAACAUUGAACAAAAGGACGAAUGCUCGAACACGAUAUGUAAAGCCUGUUGGAAUACUAUUACUGAUUUCUUUCUAUACUCGGAACAAGUGAGGAUAAAUCAGGAAAAUCUUAUGAUAAAAGUCGAACCAAAAGAUGAACUUACGGAGAUUGAGCAUCAGCAAAUAACUGGCACCGACAAUGAUACCAGUAAUCCUUAUUCUAAGGAUGAAGAUGAUGCAGAUAAUGAAGAGAAUAGUGAUGACGAGGUGUGUUCUGCAGCGUCAAACUCAUCGGAUGAGAAGCCAAGUAAAUUAAAAAGGCAAGGGAUUAAAAAAACUGCUAAGCAUGGCUGUCUGGAUUUGGAUGCAAAUUCGAAAAAAUGGAAUAAGCCAACGAAAGAGAAACUAGAACAAAUGGACCAGCAGAUCGAAGAGUACUUCAAAAUGGUGUGCGACAUAUGUGGAGAUUUUGCAAAGAACUUUCUUGCCUUGCAAGAGCAUUUUCAGAUGGUUCACGACAAAGCUGGUUAUAUUGUGUGCUGUAAGAAGAAACUGUUCGCCCGACGUUAUUUAUUCGAACACUUAACGUUCCACAAAAAUCCCACUGCAUUUCAAUGCGAAGUCUGCCAAAAAAAUUUCAAAACGAAAGAUUAUAUGAGAAAUCACAUGGCUAAUUCACAUGCCAUAGGAAAGGUUCGCCAAUACAAGUGUGUUCACUGUAAAUUAUCAUUCGCAAAACAGCAAAAAUUAGAUGCGCAUUUACAAACCCACGAAAAAGUUCCCUGUCCGCACUGUAAGAAACUGUUAAAAGGGGCGUUUAGUUUAAAAGUUCACAUUACCAAUUUGCACAGUGAUAAAGAUCGGCGAAUGAUUUGUGACACUUGUGGACGAGAAUUUUUGAGUAAAAUUUUUUUCGAACGUCACAUACAAGAGCACAUGGGAAUUGACCCGGUCAAGAAAUUCCAGUGUCAAAUUUGUCUUAGCUGGCUUAAAGGGGAACGUGGCCUGCAAGAGCACAUGCAGCAUUCGCACUACGAAAAGUCUCAAACGUUCUUCUGCGAUAUUUGUAACCGAAAGGUAGCAAACUACCGGGCCUUGCAAAAGCACAAACGUCGUGUGCACGCGGAAAGAAAAUUUGCCUGCGAAUUUUGUGAUCGAAAGUUUAAUCAGCCUAUUGCAUUAAAAGAACACAGGGCGGUCCACACAGGUGAAGUUCUCUAUACAUGUGAUUAUUGUGAAAGAACGUCAAAAAAGAAGUCAAAUCUUUACACGCACGUGAAAAAGGUGCAUCCGGUAGAAUGGGCCGAAAAAAGACGAUUGGAUGCGGAGGCAAGGAUUCCAAAGUCGUAAAUUAUUAAGUAGCCUCGUGCCAGCAUGGAAAGUAUCGAUCCUUUUUUGGGAAACCAUACGUGGGAAGACCUUCAUAAUGAAAUUUAUGCCGGUAAUCGCAAGACUUUGGUGCGUACAGGUGAAGCUAUUAUGCUUCUGAAAUCGCAUGAGAGAUUUCAAUAAUAUGGCUAAACAGUCGUCCACGUUAUAAUAGUGACUUUUGAUGACCCACAUUAUAAUGCAAAGCGAAACUAGUUCCUACUCAAGGAACAACGAUAACAGAAGCAACUAAAAGGUUCAACACAUAAAGUUUGUUAGCCAGCCUUUUAACGGGCAACAUCAUAAAAAUGGUUUUAACGAUUGGAAAUCUAGGAUCCUAUACAGCUCAGCAUAUGACCGCUAGAUCAAUUCUAAGAGUAUUCGAACAUACGAUUUUUUCAUAUUUCAUUCAAACUACCGCGAAUUAUGCCCAACUGUCUGAACA